AUGAUCGUAAACCUUCAUACUAACUAUGACUGCAGCGUACACUUUCCUGGCGCCGUCAAUAGCAAGUUCACCACGACCUUGUCCUUCGAUCAGCCCGCGGACAAGCCUGCCAUGCCUACGUACCGGAUCCUAGACCAGGAUGGCGUCGUGGUGGACACGGACAAAGACCACAUUCUCUCGAGCAUUCCGGACGAACAGGUCCUUCAGUGGUACAAGAACAUGCUCUCGGUCAGCAUCAUGGACUUGAUCAUGUUCGAAGCGCAGCGGCAAGGGCGCCUCUCCUUCUACAUGGUAUCAGCGGGCGAGGAGGGCAUCGCCGUGGGCUCGGCCGCGGCGCUGCACCCCAAGGACGUCAUCUUCGCGCAGUACCGUGAGACGGGCGUGCUCGCCCAGCGCGGCUUCACGCUCGACGACUUCAUGAACCAGCUCUUCGCCAACCGACACGACCCGGGGCUGGGCCGCAACAUGCCGGUACACUACGGGUCGGCGGCGCUGCGCGUGCACACCAUCUCGUCGCCGCUGGCGACGCAGAUCCCGCACGCGGCGGGCGCGGCGUACGCGCUCAAGAUGCAGGCGCUGCAGAACCCCAACGAGGACCCGCGCGUGGUGGCGUGCUACUUCGGCGAGGGCGCCGCCAGCGAGGGCGACUUCCACGCCGCGCUCAACAUCGCCGCCACGCGGUCCUGCCCCGUCGUCUUCAUCUGCCGCAACAACGGCUACGCCAUCUCGACGCCCACGCUCGAGCAGUACCGCGGCGACGGCAUCGCCUCGCGCGGCCUCGGCUACGGCAUCGACACCGUCCGCGUCGACGGCAACGACAUCUUCGCCGUCUACGAGGUCACGCAGCAGGCGCGCCGCCGCGCGCUCGAGAACGGCGGCAAGCCCGUCCUCGUCGAGGCCAUGAGCUACCGCGUCUCGCACCACAGCACCAGCGACGACAGCUUCGCCUACCGCGCGCGCGUCGAGGUCGAGGACUGGAAGCGCCGCGACAAUCCCAUCACCCGGCUGCGCAAGUGGAUGGAGGGCCGCGGGCUGUGGGACGAGGAGAAGGAGAAGGCCGAGCGCAGCCGCGUCCGCAAGGACGUCCUCGCCGCCUUUGCCCGCGCCGAAAAGGAGAAGAGGCCGGCGUUGCGGAACCUGUGGGAGGGUGUGUACGAGGAGGUGACGGAGGAGUCUGAGGCGCAGAUCGAAGAGAUGAAGCGGUUGUUGGAGAAGUAUGAGAGCGAGUACGAUGUGACCGAGUUCGAAGGUGGGGUUGAGGGCCUGAACAAGAAAGAGUAA